AUGAAAACAUUGCCUGCACUUUGUGUCGUCGCUGCCUUCGUUGUAGUGUGCAGUUUGAGCGGUUCCGUGCAAGCGACCGUCGUAGAAUCGUGCGGCGCCACCCGUAGCCUAGUGCCGAUCGAGGAAAAUGUCGUGGAAAUUAGCAGUUGCGAGAAGGGACCCUGCAAAUUGAAGCGACGCUCAACCGUUAGCAUUAACCAGAAGUUCACCCCAACUGAAGAUGUCAAGAGCCUUAGCACAACUGUGUUCGCAAAGAUCGUUGGACUGCCGUUGCCGUUCGUUGGUGUCGAUGGCACUAGCGCCUGUCCGUAUCUGUUCGCGGAAGACGGUGUUACUAAGCAAGAAUGCCCACUGAAGGCCGGCGUGCCGGUGGUGUACAAACGGAGCUUCGAUGUGCUCGAAAUCUACCCGAAAAUCCCCAGCAUGACCAUCCACUGGGAGCUACAGACGAAGAGUGGCCGAUCGAUCACGUGCUUCGAGGUGCCGGCCAAGAUUGUAUAAGA